AAGUGCGCCAGGCAGACGAGCCCGGCUGGUGCAGGGGAGAGAUCGGAGACGGGAGAGACUUGGGGAAGCAAAAGUGGACUUGAUUUGAAAGAAAAAGAAAGAGAGUCUCCUCUUUCUCCAGCGUGGCCCUGCCGUCCUGCCGCAGCACAGGAUAAAAUGAACAAGAUGAAAAACUUCAAGCGGCGGUUUUCCCUCUCCGUUCCCCGGACGGAGACCAUCGAGGAGUCGCUGGCCGAGUUCACGGAGCAGUUCAACCAGCUCAACAACAGGAAGAAUGAAGACCUGGCACAAGGGCACCUGCAGCUGGGCCACCUGGGCAGGGGUUUCCAGGCAGAGCCAACCUCCAUUUCCCCCUCGGAGGUGGAAGGCCAGUCCCCGACAACUGUGCGCUACCGAAGGAACAACCAGCGCCGCUUCUCCAUGGAGGAUGUCAGCAAGCGGCUCUCCCUGCCCAUGGACAUCCGUCUGCCCCCGGAGUUCCUGCAGAAGCUGCAGAUGGACAAUCCAGAGUUCCCCAAGACCUUCAGCAGGAUGUCUCGACGGGCUUCCCUCUCGGACAUCGGAUUUGGGAAGCUGGAAACCUAUGUUAAAUUGGAAAAACUGGGGGAGGGCACCUACGCCACUGUCUUCAAGGGGCGCAGCAAGCUAACUGGGAACCUGGUCGCUCUGAAGGAGAUCCGUCUGGAGCAUGAAGAAGGGGCACCCUGCACAGCUAUAAGGGAGGUUUCCCUGCUGAAGAACCUGAAACAUGCAAACAUUGUGACCCUCCAUGAUUUCAUCCACACUGAGCGCUCCCUCACCCUUGUCUUUGAGUACCUGGAAAAUGACCUAAAGCAAUAUCUGGAUAACUGCGGGAACCUGAUGAACGUGCACAACGUGAAGAUCUUCCUGUUCCAGCUGCUCCGCGGCCUGUCCUACUGCCACAAGAGCAAGAUCCUGCAUCGAGACCUCAAACCGCAGAACCUGCUCAUCAACGAAAGAGGGGAGCUAAAGCUGGCUGACUUCGGUCUAGCCAGAGCCAAAUCAAUCCCUACGAAAACAUAUUCCAACGAGGUGGUCACGCUGUGGUAUCGGCCUCCAGAUGUCCUGCUGGGAUCUACUGAGUACUCCACGCCCAUCGAUAUGUGGGGUGUGGGCUGCAUACACUAUGAAAUGGUCACUGGACGGCCCAUGUUCCCAGGCUCGACUGUGAAAGAAGAGCUCCAUUUAAUCUUCAGGCUUCUUGGCACCCCUACAGAAGACUCCUGGCCCGGAAUCACAUCCAACGAGGAGUUUAAGGGUUAUCAUUUCACCCAGUACCAAGCCCAGCCCUUGAUAAAUCAUGCACCCAGGCUGGACACAGAAGGGAUCGACUUGCUGACGAGCCUCCUCCUGGUAAGUGGCCUGACCGUCCAGCCGGAUUGCAAGGGGAGGUCUUCGGUGGAGGUGCCACGAUUCAGCACCCUCCACCCUGGGGCUCCGGGGGUGCUGCCUUCCUUCCUGGCUUAA